AUGUUAAUUAACAAUCCGCUAACUAAUUACGGAAGCGAAAGAGGAAAAAAAAACCCUGUCCUUGUCUCCCACCUCGACUCUUUCCAUCUCGUCUCCCUCGCCUCCUCAUCUCGUUCCGCCUCCUAUCGGCCCAGCUCCAAACCCUAGCCCGCCGCCGUGCUGACUCCCCUAGCCAGGCACGACGUCGAAGAGAGCAGCGGCGGAGGCGGCAACCUGAUGCCCAGCCCCCCGUGGGGGCCAUGGAGCUCGUCCUCGUCAAGCCCGCGGCAGGAGCUCUCGUCGAGGUGGGCUCCGGGUCCGUUGCCGGCGCGGGCUCGAUCCCGGCGAUGGUGGCGGCGCAGCAGGAGAUUUUGCACGAACAGGUGGACCAGCUCCAACGCCUCGUCGUCGCUCAGUGCCGCCUCACCGGCGUCAACCCCCUCGCCCAGGAGAUGGCUGCCGGUGCAUUGUCUAUCAAGAUAGGUAAGAGGCCAAGGGAUCUGUUGAAUCCAAAAGCAGUUAAGUGCAUGCAGUCACUUUUUGCCUUGAAGGACAUUCUUGGCAAAAAAGAAACCCGAGAAAUUAGUUUACUCUGUGGGGUCACUGUUACACAGGUUAGGGAAUUCUUUACAGUUCAACGAUCGCGAGUGAGAAAAUUUGUUCGUCUGUCUCAAGAAAAAGCGCUGAGAAUAGAGACACCCAAAGAGCAGGACAAUUCAUACUCCAUAAACACUGAGCAGAUACCGCCGGACAUAGAAGCACAAGCUGAAGUUAUUGAACCUUUGAGAACUUUAGAACCGGUGGUCCUACAGAGCUCUUUGCAACCAACGUGUGUCCCUCAGAUCUCUUCGCAAUCAAUGGAGCUCCAACAAAGCGAUUUGCAGCACAUGGAAGUCUUCCAAAACUCUUUGCAACAAGCAGAGGCACAACAUAACAUUGCAGCUCCUAUAAUGCCAUCUGGAGCAAUGGUUAUGCAACCAACUGACGCUAAGAUUAGUUCAGACUCUGUUCAAAAGGAAGUUAAGCAAGAGGGAGUUCAUUCUGGUGUUGCGUCAGAAGAUAAGAAGUUCUUGGAAAGUAUCUUUGCUCUAAUGCAGAAGGAGGAAACAUUCUCUGGGCAGGUUAAAUUAAUGGAAUGGAUUCUGCAAAUAAAUAAUGUUACAGUUCUUAGUAGGUUCGUAACAAUGGGUGGUUUGACCAUUAUGUCAACAUGGUUGAGUCAAGCAGCAAUUGAAGAGCAGACAUCAGUUAUCCAUGUUAUUUUCAAGGUGCUGCUCCACCUUCCGUUGCAUAAGGCUUUACCAGUCCACAUGUCAGUUGUUCUGCAAACAAUUAAUAAGUUGCGCUUUUAUAGAACACAAGACAUAUCGAGCAGGGCUAGGAACCUCCUCUCCAGAUUGAGCAAAGUGCUUGUAAGGAUUCAGGCAUUGAAGAAACCUCAGAAGGACUUAAUAUGUAAACAAAGGAUAAGUGAAAUUCUCCGUGACGAGUCUUGGAAAUCUGAAGUUGAUAUUACCGAGGAGGUACUUGCUUUGACUGAUGGUGCUAAUGAGAGCAGAAAGCCUGAACCCAGAAAAACACCAAUGCUUCUCACUGCUUCUGCUAUUGAGACAAAUAAAAGGAGUUCUGUGCAGACAAAAUCCAAACAAAAAAGAAAAGUUCUACUUGUGGAGCAACCAAACAAGAAAGCUACGUGGAAGAAUGCUAAUUCUGUCAGGAACACAUCUACAAACAAUAGCCGGCCAUUAUCUGCAGAUGAUAUUCAAAAAGCAAAGAUGCGUGCCAUGUUCAUGCAGGAGAAGCGUGGCAAGAUUGACAUAAAUAAAUUGAGUGAUAAACCACAAGCAAUGGACACGAAAAAAGCAGCUGGAUUAGUAAAUUCAAAUCCAUCAGCUAUGCCCAUAAGUCCCCAUACGUCAGCUGCACAACCUGUUGACCCAAGCCCAUCUACUUCAAAACAAAGCACAGAUCCUCAGCCUGAUAAUACAGAAAUUUCAGGUGGUUUGAAGUUAAACAUAGGUUCCAAAAACAAUGUCAUAGAGAAGUUGGAUUGCAAGAGAGUUCUUUGGCAAAUACCACCAGCUGUAUGGAUAGACCCCUCGUGGAGUGUAGGAGCUGGUGACAACAGCAAGGAGCUUGAGGUUCAAACACAGAGGAACCGGCGUGAAAAGGAAACCUUUUAUACAAGCCAGAAGGACGUCCCAAUGAAUCCAAAGGACCCAUGGGAUCUGGAAAUGGACUUCGAUGACAGCCUGACCCCAGAGGUUCCAAUUGACCAGGUGCCAGAUGUGGACGCCAUGGAAACGGAAAGCGUUGGCGCGGCGCCUAGCGCUGUGGCUCCUGUUAAGGACAAGCAGAUUGAAUCUGCCUCAUCGACAUCAGGCGCAGUUGCUGAUGAUGAGGAAGCUAAUACCGAUUACGAAUUGCUUACGGUGCUACUCAGGAACCCGGAGCUUGUCUUUGCAUUAACCUCUAACAAGGGGGAGAACAUGCCUAACGAGCAGACCAUUGCGCUUCUGGAUACACUGAAGCAGACCGGCCUUAGCCUAUCAGAGCUUGUUAACCGUCUGGGGAACGGCGCUGGGCUCCCAAAAGAGCCAGAGCCGGAGCCAGAACCUAUUCCCGCUUCGCUUCCGUCACCAACUCCGCCAGACCGUACAUCAAGGGCUGUCUGGAUACCAGAACACGCAAUGCAGGUGAGGGCUGCUCCAACCUUGCAUCUGCCAAGCCGGGGGAGUACACCUCCUGUUGCAAAUGCCGUGCAACAAGGCUUCUCAAACGUUGUCAGUUCGUUACCCUCACAACCUUACGCCCCUCCAGUCUCGGUCUUGCCGGCACAGAUUCAAGCUAACGCACCCCCAUCUCUUCCUCUGCUGGCGGUCUCUGUAAACCCGCCAGUCCAACAUGUUUCCCCUGUGAAUAACCUUCUGAACAGAGCUUCAGUGCAUCAGCAUGGACAGCAGCAAUACGCUUUGUUGUCUGACCCUGUUGCCACGCCCUUGCAUCAACAAGCAGCGGGGAGCAAACCAGCUGUAGCAGCACAUCCGUCGUUGCCUGAGCCUAAUGCAUCAUCUCACACAGCAUUCCCUUGGCAAUCUAAUGCUGCUGACAUGACCCACGCUGGACGGAAUGCGACGGCUGAUCCAUGGGCCGCCGCCCGCGCAGCUAACUCGUAUAGUACAGCAUCAGCAAGCACAGUGCCGUCUGCUAACCAGAAUGCUUACGGCGAUCAAGGCAAGCAGGGUGCGUACAGCUCUUAUGGAUCUUCGGCAGCCUCGUCCCGUCCUGUUGUACCAGGGCACGGGCAUGACAGAAAUGGCUACAGCCGGUCUGCCCUGGUGGAGUACCCAUGGGACGGGCACCACCAGCGGCACUCGAGGUCACCAGAUCCUGGCGUGGUCCGGGACUACGACACCGACUAUGGCGGUGCGCAGGGCUACAGUCAGCAGCCCCUGACGCAGUGGAGUGCAGGGAAAGUGCAGCAGCAGGGCUACAAUCCUGAGCCGUCAAGGCAGUGGAGUUCUUCCCAGGCGCACCAGGGCGGCUACGCACCCGCCGAGCCGUCGAGGCAGUGGAGUUCUUCCCAGGCGCACCAGAGCUACGCUCCCGAGCUACCGAGGCAGUGGAGCUCCGAACGCCGUGGCUACGAUGAUGCGGAGCCCUCGAGGACAUGGAGCUCCGGCCAGCAGAACCCGGAGGCGCCGAGGCAGUGGAGCCGCGGGAAGCAGGAUCCUUACUACAGCCCGAGCCAUAGCCGAAGAUCGUACGAUCAGCACCGGAGGAGAUAGCAAAAGCUUGCUGUAUUACUGCUACCACAUUAGCUAGAUCCUGGAUGGAGGCGGUCGGUUCUUGGGAGGGUUUGUUUCAUUUGAUUUGAUGUGAGGCCGGGUAUUCGUUGCAUUUGGGCUUUGUGAUUGCCACCACAAGGGCCAUUGAGAAAAGCUAUAGGUUAUUAUGUAUCGAUGUAGUUUUUGUCUCGAAAUUAAAAAAAAAAUGUAUCUAUCUAGGUAGCUGGAGAGGGGAAAGAAGAAGAAAAAAUGAAUGAAUGAAUGAUAUAACUCAGGGAGGGUCAAGAGGCCCCCCGGCUCGAAUUGAUUGCAGUCUUGAAUGCUGA